AUGGACCUUGCCACGCGCACCCUCGAUCUUAGCCGUGCUAUUCUCGACAUCCUUAAUAAAGAAAACAGUGUUCGCGACGCAGCCGGUGAAAUUCUAGAAUGGCUCGGCCGCGAGCGCAUAGACAAGCAAGAAUAUCAGUACUGCGUCGAAGCCUUGAGUGCCCAAGCCUUUCCAAAUGCCAGAGGUCUCGAUAUACAGCACCAAGUUCGAUCAUCAGAACAGAAAGUCUCCAGCGUUGCCGGUUUGAAAUUGAAGCUCUCUACAUCCAUUGGGCGAUGGAUGUUGAGUGACCCCAAUCUUGUAUACGUUGUAACGACAGUGGCAGUCUGCAUGAUGUAUCAUGACAUGGAGUAUGCCGUUGAAGUACUGUGCAACUUCGCCUUGGAUCAAGGUGGCCACGAAGAGGGAGUUUCAUAUCCCCGAAAUCCGUAUCGGAUGAGGCUGAAGCCUGUUGUCACCAAAUUCGUGGACAGUGUUGCUUUGAAUAUUGUCAACACUGGGCAUGACUUUAACUCGGCUCUUCCGAGUGAGUUGGAUGGCAUUUGCAGUCAUCCAUUAGAGGCGCCUCAAUUGUCGGCGAUCAUCAAAGUAGUCGCUCAAGCGCAAAGCGACAUAUUUAUCACGUCUGACCUAUUCCCAGGAGACUUGGUAAUGUGGCUCAUGACACAUUUCCACGGCAUCCUCGAGAUAUCUCUUAAUGGAAAGGUUAUUCUUGAGGAAGAUUCUGGGACUGAUUCUGUUAGAGUCAUCUUCGCCAUCAACAAUAGAUGCUCAACUUGUCCUAAUCGCGAUGGAGACUUGAAAAACAGUAACAUCAAAGUGGCAACCAUUGUAAAAGGAAAGCUGACUACGCUCAUAGACGAGAGUCACUGCUUUUACCGUGAAUCAAAGUCCAGCACAAGGCAAGAGUUAUACGAGACGGGUCUCCUGGCCGACACAAGGCGUGCUCAGCUUUCUCGCAACGAAGUGGCAGAGCUCAGAAUCGCUGCCAGGUCGCUACUACGUUGGCUUUUGGGGCUAGAACUCCGCAUAAGCGAUACGGCGCGUAUAUUUAUUGUCUCAAAGUCUGGCGAUGGAGGCUUUGCUCGCAAUCCCGCCGCCGAUGGUUUUAUUUGUAAACCGCUUGAGGAUCUGCUAGCUGGCUUCCCAACUGUCUUGAACAAAAACUGGGGCGACGCCAAAGGCGGUGAUAGCAGAGCAAUCUACGAAGAGCCUCAGCCGAGCCUUGAACAGGAAACUGAGGGACUAUCCAUGUCGAUCCACGAAAUAAUGCAAUGCUUCCCAAUUGCCAUGUCUUUGUUUGACACGGUUCAACAGAGAUGUAAGUGCCGACAUUGUGGGCAAGGAAGAACCCUCGGAACUGGUUCUUGGGGCUGCCUGAGAGAAUCAGCGCUCGAUGAGCUUUUGCUUCUUAUCACCCAUGGUAUAGCAGAAGCUUUUGGCGCAACGAACGUCUCAGGUUUAUCAGAUAAAGAGCACAUUAGAGAGACGAUACGCCAGAUUUUCAGUAAAAUCAUUCUGCAUUCCACCAUUCAGUGGGACAGGUGGUUUCACCUAGUCGCCCUGGUCUACCUUGGAGGCAACCUCAAAAUUAUCGCACCAUGGAACGGGCGGUUCAUUUUCGGAGAAGAUACUACAUCCGUAGUAGCAUAUCAACGAGGGUCCCUCGUGAUCGCAGCGCCAUGGUUAGACCUCACGGUUGACCUUUCGUCUCAUCGUGUGUUCGCAGCAGCAUUCGGCAAUGGCCAAAUCCGCGGGAUUAACAGUGAAGAAGCGAUGAUUGAGUUGGAGAGCUGUAUGAGUGUCGAUGCCUUGAAUGAAUUCAAGUGCUAUACGCCAAGUAAUGAAGAACUCGCUCAGUUGGAUGAUGGGAAGUGCAUGGUUGAAUCUGCCUUGAUGUCAAAAGGAGAAGGCUCAUACCGACUUCUCACAAUGCUACGAUCCGAGUCAUAUCGACGGAUUAUCGACCCCUCCGACACCAUUCUCGGACUUUUUCGAUCUUCUUACCCAAGGUGCUCUCAUCCACAUCCUAUGAAAAAGCCAAUUCUCAAAGAUGGCAAACAGGUUCACUUAGCUACAUUUGACCAUGCUGUUGGUGGGUUCAGCGUGAAUCCUUUGGACUUUAACCAUCUCCCCCGACUGCCAGAUACAAUCCAGGUCACCAAGCUUUUAGACACUACCCUGAAGUUUAACGUUACUCUUGGCUUGGUGUCUGAAGGGCCUGUUGUAGCAGAUCGUUGCUGUUUGAGCUGCGCGUGCGAUGAGACGGGACGGGUGGAGGGCAAGCAGCCAUGUAUCGUUCGCAGGGCUCACGCCACUUCGGGAUCCCGCGAAUUGCGCAAGGUUGGUUAUCCACAAAGCGGCAAUACAGCGAAAUGA